CGAGCCCCAUUUCUGAUUCCUGACUCUCAUACAUACUCAUUAUUUCUCCCAAAAACACAACCCUAGCCUCCAUCGCGCCGCCGUUGGUCUCACUGUCGCCGCCUGGUUCGUCGUAGUCGUUCGCCAAUCCUCCUGUUUUGUCGUGCUCCAAGGCCCUUCCAUUCCCCCGACGCCAGCGUCUCCAGGUCCUGCUCCGCCGUCGUCCCUCUGUCGUGUUCGUCGCCAGCUCGCCAGUGUUCGUCGCCAGCUUCUCGUCGUCUGUGGCUCUCCCUCAAAUCUCUGGUCACUGCCCUCGCGGAAGAUUGAUAAAUGAAGCACAUUGUGAAGAUUUUCUCGUUGGUGGUGGCCAUCACUGCAUUAUGGAUUGGCCUCUUACAAUCAUCUGUAAUUCCACGUAGUCAUACUUGGCUGCUACCAGUCUAUUUUGUUGUGUCUUUAGGAUGUUAUGGUCUGUUAAUGGUUGGAGUUGGUCUGAUGAAUUUCCCAACCUGUCCUCAAGAAGCUCUACUGUUGCAAGAGGACAUUGUGGAGGCCAAGGAAUAUCUGAAGCAAAGAGGAGUUGAUGUUAGCUCUAGCUGAUAAUAAUUUGUUCAUUCAGAAUUAGCUGCUAACAAUUACUUCAUGGGAGUAGCAAAGAAUUUUGUCAAACAAUGUACGCAAAUACUAAAACGGGAAAUGUUUGGAUAGCACUACUGUACAUGGAAUUCUUUUUACUUCGAUAAACUUUUCUUUUCCUUUUAUCUUUUUUGUAAUUAAAUUUUGAAUCCUGACCAUGUUUAUGAAAAUGUUUCUUGACAGUA